AAGAGAAGGUGUACAGAAAGGGACAGACAAAGUGAGGAAAAGGACAGACAAAGUGAGGAAGCUGUAAAAAAAAGACUGAGAAAAGCUGGUGUUUCCGAAGAGAAGAGGGUCGUCAUGCUCGGUCUCCCUGGAGCCGACUUUGAUUCAGUCAGUACAGAGACGACCUCUGCAUCCGCCACAGUGGAGGACUGUGAGGUCACGGUGAUCGAUACUCCAGGGUUCACUGACAAACAUCUGACUCCAGAGCAGUUGUACCUGCAGAUCAUGAGGUCUACUCUAGAGGGGAGUCCAGGAGUACAUGCCUUCGUUAUCGUGGUCAGAGUAGACAGAAUCACUGAAGCAGACAUAAAGCUGUUUGAGCUGCUUCCUAAACUCUUUGAAGGUGAUGCUCUGAAGUACUCCAUGGUGCUUUUCACUCAUGGAGACAACCUCAAAGGACAGUCCAUUGAGGGUUUGAUGAAGAAGAACGAUCAUGUCUCUGAGCUGGUCUCCAUGUGUGGAGGUAGAUACUGUGUGUUUGACAACAACACCAAGAGCAGCAAAGAGCAGGUCAGAACCUUCCUGGAUAAAGUAAAUGAGAUGGUCUCAGCUAACGGAGGACAGUACUACACAGACCAGAUGUUCAGGAUGUCUGAGACUUUUUUUAGAGAAGAACGGAUUCAGUUCAAGAAAGGUGCUUCAGGUGGUGGUGAGGAGAAAAAAGAAAGCCUGUUGAAGGAAAUUGAACCUUAUGUGUCCUUUGGAGCAGUAGGAGGAGCAGCAUUAGCAUUAUUAGCAGCAUUAGCAGCAUUAGCAGCAGCAGCACCAGCAACAUUAACAACAUUAGCAGGAGCAGAGUAG